UCAUACCCCAUCUUCAUCUCCUUCAAUUGUUUGUUAAAAGUCUCUGUUUUUCCGUUGCCCUUUUCAUCAAAAAACUUCAUUUCUUUUCUUGUAGCCAUGUUGUUGAAAGCUUCCCCUGCUUUUUCUGUGUUGAAGAGUCAUCAACUGGAUCAUCGGGUUCCCAUGUUUUGUUCUCUUUCUUGUCCAAAAAACAAAUCUGGGUCUGGUUCUGUUGUUGUUUCUGCUACCAAAAGAGCCAACAGCCAGCCACUUACCGGUGUCAUUUUUGAGCCCUUUGAGGAAGUGAAGAAGGAGCUUGAUCUUGUCCCAUCUCUGCCUCAGGUGUCUCUGGCACGUCAGAAGUAUACGGAUGAAUGUGAAGCUGCUAUCAAUGAGCAAAUCAAUAUGGAAUACAACGUUUCCUAUGUGUACCAUGCCAUGUUCGCCUACUUGGAUAGGGACAACGUUGCUCUUAAGGGUCUUGCCAAGUUCUUUAAGGAAUCUAGCUUAGAAGAAAGAGAGCAUGCUGAGAAAUUGAUGGAAUACCAGAACAAACGAGGUGGAAAAGUGAAGCUGCAGUCGAUAUUGAUGCCAUUUUCUGAGUUUGAUCAUGUAGAGAAAGGAGAUGCAUUAUACGCAAUGGAGCUUGCAUUGUCGCUGGAGAAAUUAACGAAUGAAAAGCUAUUGAACUUGCACAGUGUGGCUGAGCGGAACCAUGAUGUGCAGUUGACCGAUUUCGUCGAAGGCAAGUUCUUAGCCGAGCAGGUGGAGGCCAUCAAGAAAAUAUCGGAAUAUGUGGCUCAGCUGAGAAGAGUUGGCAAAGGACAUGGGGUGUGGCACUUUGAUCAGAUGCUUCUCCACGAGGGAGCUGUUGCCUGAAAUCCGAAAAAAUAAAAAAA